AUGGUUCAAUCAUUUAAGAAAGGCAAGGAUAUCAGCGUCAUGAUAUGGGGUGCUAUUUAUGGAAAUAGGCGUUCGGAUAUCGUUCUUUUGGAACGUGAUCCUGAUUCAGAGAAGUCAGGAUAUACUGCCAACUCAUAUCUCACUAUUCUCCGUGAGCAAAUCCCUCGAACGUACGAACCUGGCCGGAUUUUCAUGCAAGAUAACGCCCGAAUUCAUACUGCAAAAAAGGUUAUGGCCUGGUUUGAGGAGGAGGGUAUAUCUCUGCUUGAUUGGCCCCCUUAUAGUCCGGAUCUGAACCCAAUUGAACACCUCUGGGCGCAACUUAAGCAAUGGAUUAACGACCACUACCCAGACUUAAUCCAAAUGGGCAAAUCUGAGGCUGAUUAUCAACGUCUGUUUACCGCUAUUCAUGAGGGUUGGGACGCUAUUAGGCAAGAAGCUAUUGAUGCCCUAAUCAAGAGCAUGGAUACCCGUAUAAAUGCAGUGAUUAGGGCCAAAGGAUGGUAUACCCGCUUCUGA